GUGACAUCGCGCGCUGUCGCCACUCCGCUGCUUCAAGUCUGCUUUACUCUCUUGCAUCCAUCGUACGACGCAGGCCUCGUCUCCCUUUUUACUCACGGAUACCUCUCGGUCGUCCGAGUCAAGUCCAGGGCCUGACUUUGCUAGUCCCCCACCGCCAUGUUUGGGACGCUUACACACCUAUGCCUCGACGCCGUGCUCUUGAGCGCGUUUCUCGCGGGUGUCCGCCGGACAACGGGCCUAACUCCCAAGCUCUCUGACGUGCCCAACAAGGACAUACGGCAAAUACUUCGGUCAUAUUUGGAGUUCGGCGAAUAUGUCUUUGACUUCGCUGUGGUGAUAUUCGGAAGGUCGUCGUCGUUCGAGCGGAGACGCGACUGAGAGUGUACUGUCGUUGCCCCAUCUCCAUGACUAUAUGCAUGUUCCCUUGCCUCUACUCGAUAUCUUCGUGGUUUUGCAAUUCUCUGUGUCGCACCGCCUGCUCGGACAGUCUCGGAGGUUUAUCUUAGUAAAAUAGAGCGCCGUGUAA